AUGUCGCAACUUGAUGUCAGCUCACAUAAUGCAAGAGAUUCGUCUAUUCCACUCCGUGCUACUACUUCUACCCUUCUAAAACAAUCAACACUCGAGCAAUCGUGUGAGAAAGUAAACGAAAGUUCAUUAAUCAUUGAAACAUUUCCUUCCCAACAUUCUAUUGGAAAUCAAACACGAAAGGUUCAUUCUCCACGUUCAGAUCAAACUCUUUCCGAAGAAGAAACAAAUUCCAUCAUUUUGGAAAUGAAAGAAAUGGACGAAAUGUUUCGAACAAACAAGAAGAAAUCGAAAUUUGCACAUCUUUAUCAAUCAAAUAAGAAACAAGGUUUAAAUCAAUCGUUUGCCACAUCAGAAAAGUUUAGUUCAUCAUCCCAUAAUGAAAAUUUAUGUGCAUCUUGUUGUGGAACUUUACGUUGGUCAACUGUCAUGAUUUUGACAGCUGUCUUUUCGAUAAUGAUACUUUUAUUUGUUGCAAUCAUUUCCUCGAUUAUUGUUACGAGUUAUGAUGAGUUGGAAAGAGGAAAUUCCAAAGCAGAUAUGAAAAGAGUUGUCAAAAGUUUUUAUGAUGAAUUUGUGAAUUCAUUGGAGAUUAUGCAAGCAGUUGCUGUUUGGGAUGAGCCUUAUAAAUUAUUUCAAAGAUAUUAUGAUCCAUCAGAAAAUCAAACUGAACUGGCAGUUGACAUGCAACUUUUUUUGGAAACUAAUAUUGAUUCAGCUCAAAUGUUGUUGGAAAAACACAACUAUGCGCUGUUCUAUACCUUGAAUGGAACUUUAAUUGCAAGUAGAGCUCACAAUCUUAUAGACGAAAGUCAAGAUUUAUCCGAUUUGUCAAAAAUUCCAAAAGAAUUAUUGGAAUUGAAUGUAAAUUCGAAUCCUCUUUUCAGAAAUGCAGAUAAAGCUGGAACUUCGAAUGGUGGUUUCCUUAAAGUUUCGAAUGGCGUAGUAGAAAAUAGCAAAAUUGUCAUGUUAGUGGCGAAACCAGUUUCUCCAAGUAAUUUCAAUGAAAAUAAUCCAACUUCUGGAUUGAUAGUGUAUGGUAGACAUGUCACUUAUCAAACUAAGGAAAGAAAUGUGUUUAGAGCUUCUACAUGUGUUAGUUUUUUGAAUUUUGACGAAACUUUACAAAAAUAUUCGAAUGUUAAUGCUACGAGAGUUUCAGUAACAAGUAAUAUUUGGGAGAAUGAUCAAGUUUUAUCCAUUGAUAUGUAUGACGACCUCUCUAGUAGAAACUCUCUCGAUGAUCGUCAUUGCUAUUCGAAAUCUGAACUAAACUCAACUUCCCCUCGAGUUGGUUCCAUUCAAUUCCUUGCCGAUCUCAAUGGAAACCCAAUCCUAGCCAUCCGAUCCGAUACUGAACGAAACAUUUACCUCCUAGGAGUUCGUUCCUUAGCCCUCUCCAUUGCCUUACUAGUUUUUUCAUGUAUUAUUGCAGCCAUUGUAAUCAUUGCCUUUGUGGAGAGGCGAGUAUUGAGGAGAAUGUUUAAACUUUCAAGGAGAAUUCAGGAAAUUACAGCAUCACAUGAUCCUAAACAGAGAAUUGAAAUUGGUCGAGGAGGAAACUCAAUUAAUGCCUCGGAAAGAAAUUUGAUUUUUGAUGAAAUUGACACGACGGCGAAAUAUAUUAAUGAAAUGUUGACUAGUUUGGAUAUUGUAUUGGAAGAGCAGUUGAAGGAACAGAAAAUGUUAAGAAAACUAUUGGAAAGAGUGUACACAGCAGAGGAAUCAGGAAGUGCCAUUAUGAAUGCUGUGAAAGAUGUCGUGUUUAUUGUGAAUGGAGAUAGUGGACUAGUUCUGAAUGCAAAUAACAAGUUUUAUGAACAGAUGGAGAGGAGUGUGAUGGAAGUGGAGGCAAAGGAUCAAGUUUAUGUUUCGAAUUUGUUUUUGGAAAUGAAAUCACUCGAAGCCAAAUUUCAGAAUAAUUUGAGAACUGCCUUACUCUCCCUUAAUGAUGGAAAAUCGCAUCUUUUCAGAGGAAUGACUCCAUCUGGUAAAAUUAUUAGAUACAAUGUAUUCAUUUCCAAAACAAAAGUCAUGCAAAAUAACGAGAAGGUCAUUUCAUUCCUAUUUAUGGCAAAGAAGGACGAUUCACUUUCUUUAGGAAUUGACCAAGAAAUCAUUAAUGAAAAAUUUGAGAAAAUGAUUAAUAAUACGAAAAAGAGAAGAAAAUUCCAGAAAUUCUGCUCAGAAAAAGGUCAACUCUACAAUUUCAAGUUUAUUAGAGAAGUAAGGGAUUACAAAACAACGGAACUUCCAAUUGACCGAGCAAGGAAACAAUCUGAAAUUUGUUCCAACUUUUUGAGGAAAGAUUCUCCAUUCCCAUUGAAUAUUGGAGCAAUUGAUUUGAUUAAGGGAGAAAUUGAAAAGAUUCUAAAAGAAGAAACACCUCAAAUUUCCUUAUUUGAUGGAUUGAAUGAUAUUUUGGAAAGUAUUUUGAAAUCAGAAGUUUUUACACUUUACAAAAUUCAAAAAUCAAAUCUUCUCUACACAUAA